AUGUCUGCAAAUCUAUUCGACGUUUCUGGUUGGACUCUCGGUGAUUUGGCCUCCCAUGAAUCUCUGAAAACUCCUGAAUCUCGCAAAUCGAAAAAAAUAAAGAAUAAAAUCAAGAUACGUAAACAAAUUAAUGAAAAAGGUCCCAUUUCAAAAAUCGACAAUACAAAAGUUAAACCAAUCAAAAAAAGUUCGUUCGUGCAACAAAAAAUGUUGAAAAACCUCUCGAAAGGCAAGUUUCGUUGGAUCAACGAAAAACUUUAUACAUCAUCAAGUUCUUCUGCUCUUGAGUUAUUCCAGAAGAAUCCUCUUAUGUUUGAUGAGUACCACCAAGGUUUUUGUUCGGCUGUUAGAUCUUGGCCCGUGAAUCCUGUAGAUAUUUUUAUAAAUUAUUUAAAAGGAAAACCGAAAGAAUGGGUUGUGGCCGAUUUAGGUUGUGGUGAGGGUAAGAUUGCUCAUGAAUCUCCCAAUAAAGUGCUUUCUUUUGAUUUGGUAGCAAAAAAUAGCAUGAUUAUCGCAUGUGAUAUUGCAAAGCUACCAAUUCCAAAUUAUUUGUUCGAUAUCGCUAUAUUUUGUCUAUCUUUGAUGGGAACCAACUAUGUAGAUUUUCUAAAAGAAGCUCAUCGAACAUUAAAGCCCAAGGGAGAGUUAAAAAUUGCUGAAGUGGUAAGUCGUUUCUCAGACAUUGAUUCUUUCAUAGAAGUUCUUGCAGAAAUCGGGUUUCAAUUCGUGAAAAAGGAUAAUACAAAUAAAAUGUUUGUUAUCUUAGACUUUGUUAAGUCUAAGCCCAAAAUCAUUAAACCAAAUCAAAUUCUAGCUAGACUUGGGUUUGGAACUAGAGUUGCUAGUGAAACUCUUGGUGAAUAG